GUUUCACCACCAUUUCAUCAAUACAAGCUUAAGUCUCUCCACAUACAUUUUGCGUUCACACAACUAAUCAAUCGAAAGAUGGAAGGAAAAACUUUGGUCCUAAGUGUGCUCGUGAUGAGUCUGUUUAUGGCACAAAUUCAAGUUGACGCCAAGAGCUGCUGUCCAUCCACCACUGCUAGAAAUAUCUAUAAUACUUGCCGCUUUGCAGGAGGUUCAAGGCCAGUAUGUGCAAGCGCUAGUGGCUGCAAAAUUAUUAACAGUGGCAAAUGUCCUAACGGAUAUACCCAUGACAUUCUCGAAAACACUGGUGAUGCUGUUAAUGAAUACUGCAAGUUGGGCUGUGUAUCCUCUGUGUGCGGUGCCUUAACCACUCUCCAGAACUCCGAUGCAAGUGAAAUCGUGAAUGUAGCGGUUGAAAAAUGUGCCAACGCAUGUUUGACAGUCUGCACCAAGGGCUCGAUGAUUGCAGUUGAAACCGCCUAGACAACCAUGAAAAUAUACCACGGGUGAAGGAGGUUCACAAU